AUGGUCGUGCUUAAAAGCUUCACCUUCAUCAAUAACCUCGACUCGAAUCCCGUUAGACAUGCCAAAGAGUUGCAGCUCGCUCAGAUCCGCUCGCAUGUCUCCAAAGUGACACACAAGAAUGCUAGAAUGAAGCAAACCGUGGAAGCAGAUCCAGAGCCUACUCCUCGACGACGAGGUUGUCGGUCAAACCUUCGAACGACAGCCCUGCACCACAAUCCCGAUCCCCAUGGCCCUCUGUGCCUCCCUGACCAUACAGGAGACGAUCACGUUUGCUCGACAUGUAAACAUCGUUCAUUGGUCUGGGACCGUCUGGAAACACCUUCAACAUGUCGAGAUCAAGAUCGAGAUCGCAAAACUCUACCUGCACAGCUUGCCACCUCAUCAAGACCAACCCGUACUUUUACAACCCCUUCCCACCUUCCAUCCACUUUUCGAUACCGGGAUCUCACCGAUGGUCUGCCUGUCGGGUUGGAUCUUGGCCUGGAGGCCUUUCGAGGGCUGAGAACCAAUGCAUUUAGGGGUGGUCGCGCCGCCCGUGACUGCGUGGUAGAUGUAAGAAUGGAUCAAUACUUCCAGUAUCUCGCUCCUCGCUUUUAUCUUGUAUGCGACGUCUUCCAUAUUACGAACAUCUAUGCUGCUUUUCUCAUGAUGCGGGAAAACACGGCUUUCAGUCACGCAUCGGUGGCCACUACCUUCAGGCUCAUGGAGACACGAGGGCCCACUGCACUCGAGCCAUCUUACAACGUUCUCAACCAUCGAGGACAUGCCAUUUCGCUCCUCCGGAAGACCUUGGCUACAAAAGGAGCAGAUUUUCACCAUGCAGCUCUAAUGAUCAUGACCUUUCUCACAAUACUAGAGGAACAAUUGGGUAACAUGCAAGCGUUUGAGAUUCACAGGAAGAAUGUCUCUCUCCUGGUGCAGCAAUGUGGCGGGAUAGACGCAUUCGAAGAUGGUGGCGCCAUCAAAGGGACUUUACUACAGUGGGAUACAAUAUGGGACAUGCAGACGGGAAAGUCGAUAUUCGCAUACCGUCAUCUUGCUCCAAAAGUCGACUAUCCCAAGCUUCCUCAUGACCAAGACACUCUUCGAUUGACGACGACGAUGAUGCUUCCGCCUGGCCUACAAACCCUCGGCCAGAGCCAACGCCUUUCGACUCACGCUCUCGUUGUCCUAGCCCGUGCCGCUGACUACACCCGUCGCAAAGCCAAAGGUCCUCGUCCAGGAUGGGCACCACAAGUUGAUUCCGGGCGGAGAUACAAUGAUUUUUCAGAGGCAUGCCCUGCACUGAACAUGCCUGAAGAUCCGCAGUGCAAGCUUGAGAAUCUGGUGUGCACAUGUCUGAUUGUUUAUUGUUGUCUCGCUUUCGUCGAGGCUAGAUGUAUCGACAUUUUGGUGCGAGGUGCUCGUACCCAGCUGACACAAAGAGUGCCUGGUUUCCACCCUCUGACCUCUCCGGAAGAUAAUCUCGAAUGUCAUCGUGCCGAACAACAAUGUCAGAUAUGGAUGUGGAUACUAACAGUGGAUUCAUGGCGGAUCGUUGAUGUUCCAUAUCAUCAGAGAGCCUCAGCUCUCGGGCCUCCGGGACACGCAUUGUUGUGCAAAUUGCUCCAGGAGCACCCUCAUUUGUGUAGGCUGGAAGAGGUUGAGAAAGUGGUGGGAAAAUUCCUAUGGACGGAGGAAUUGCGAAAGUCGCUCAGUCUCUACUGGGAAUUGACAGCCGCUGACAUUGUCGUUGCUGAGCUGCUGGAAUAA